AUGGACUUGAAUCUUUCUGCUCAAUCGUAUUUUAAGCGAAUGUUUCAGGAGGUCCCCGACUUGAAGGUCCUUUUACUAGAGAGAGAAACUACUAGAAUAGUCUCUUCUAGUAUAACUCAGUCAAAUCUCUUAGAGCACCAAAUUUAUUUAACUGUCCUUGUUGAAAACCAAAGAGAAAAGCUUAGACACUUGAAAUGCAUUGCGUUUCUGAGGCCAACAACUCAGACCUUACGUUUUCUAUGUGAGGAGCUACGUGAUCCAAAAUAUUCAGAGUACCAUUUGUACUUCUCCAACAUCUUGUCCAAAAGCUUUCUGGAGCGAUUGGCUGAGUCAGAUGAUUUUGAGGUGGUUAAGAGUGUUCAAGAAAUAUUUUUGGACUAUUUGGUAGUAAACAAUGACCUCGCAUCUUUAAAUGUACCUCACAUAAUCGAUAACACUCCAGACUCCUGGUUGGAUUCUUCCUUAGAGCGUACUCAACAAGGCUUAAUCUCACUUUUACUAUCUUUGAAAAAGAAACCUUUGAUUCGUUAUGAUGUAAAUAGUUUCCUUAGCUUAAAGCUUGCCGAAGAAAUCGGAUACGUUACACAGAAUGAAACUCAGCUAUUUAAUUUCCGAAAGUCUGAUACUCCUACUAUUUUACUUAUAUUGGAUAGGAAGAAUGAUCCAAUUACCCCAUUAUUAACGCAAUGGACAUAUCAGGCCAUGGUACAUGAGCUUUUUGGAAUAAAUAAUGGACGUGUCAGUUUUCAGAAUACAAGCGUACCAGGUGAGACAACUGAAAUUGUUUUAAACCCUACUCUUGAUCCAUUUUAUAACGAAACACGCUUUGAUAAUUUCGGAAAACUUGGUGUCAAAAUCAAGGAAUAUGUGUCUCAUUUGCAAACGAAGUCUAUGAAAAAGGCUAAUGAAAUUGAAAGUAUUGCUGACAUGAAACAGUUUUUGGAAACCUACCCUGAAUACAGAAGGCUUUCUGGAAAUGUAAACAAACAUGUUUCCCUAGUUAGCGAAAUCUCGUUGAAAGUUCAACAGGAGAACCUGUUAGAGAUAGGUGAAGUAGAACAAUCAAUGGUUUGCAAUGAAGCUGAAGCUAUCAAUUUUUCCUACAUUCAAAGAUUGAUAUCCUCUAGUAUCUCAGAAAAUACAAAGCUUCGUUUGGCUUCGCUGUAUGCACUUCGAUUUGAAAAGAUUGACCCUGCGAAAGUAGCCUCUCUUCAAGGACUGUUGUUGGCAAAUGGUGUGAGUCCUAUAAAAGCUGCUAUCAUUCCGACUUUACUACACCUUUCAGGAGCCGGCGCUCGGCAAGGAGAUAUUUUCCCACCUUCAAACAUAUUUUCGAGAGCUCGUAGUGGAUUCAAAGGAUUGCGAGGUGUAGAAAAUGUUUAUAUACAACACAAUCCCUUCCUCAAAACAAUUGUUGAAGACUUAAUACAAGGGAAACUAAAAGAAAGUACACAUCCAUACUACGACGUUGAUGUUCCGGCUCAUAAUGCUCAUGAAAAACCUCAGGAUAUAAUUAUCAUGAUGGUUGGUGGUGCCACGUAUGAAGAAGCGCGCUUUAUUUCUGAAAUUAAUGCCACGCAUCCUGGAAUUCGAGUGGUCUUAGCCGGAACGACGAUCCAUAAUUCUUCUUCCUACAUUGAUGAUAUUAUCUAUAUGGCUUCGAGAAUUAAAUAA